CAUCGCUCGACACAUAAAAAACCUUAUAAAAUGGGUCAAGCAUUUGUACUUGGGAUUAUAUUUAGUGCCGUAAAAGCCUAUGUCUACUAUAAACGUAAAUGUCAUGUCUUACAGGUACUAGAUAGGGUCCAUGAUACCGUCCGCUAAUGCAGAGCCUGUUUCUAGAAUCAGAUAAAGUUAUGAGAUUCUCACGCAGGAAGCUUUACCUCAGCGCCAUCUGUCUGUGUUCGGUCAGUUCAUUGUUGUUUACUUCCCCUGAUCUAGAUGCUGAUGAGGUGCACUUCCACUCCCCGACUUUGUGGAAUGUCAUCCGCGGUUAUAGAGAGCGCAAAUUCAUCAGUGCAUUUAAACUACGACACGAUCCCUCGGUUAUUCGGAAAAAAAUUGUUGCCAUGGGGAAGAAACUCUCAGAGGGACAAGUUUGGCCACAUUCAGGUGAAGAUGACAGAAUCAUUGCGCAGUUGAACGCCAAUCCGUACCCUCUCGCGAAAGGGGAUGGGAAUGGGAAACUUAAGAACAUCCUUCUAUGGUCCGGUUUGGGAGGACAGGGUGUAGUUGAAGGACAAUCACAUUUCUUCUUACAGAGUUGCCACGUGAACACGUGUUACAUACACGGGCAGAGAUACAUGGCUGAUGAGGCGGAUAUGAUCAUGUUCCAUUCCGUGGGUCAUCCCUGGAAGCCGAGGAGACCGAAUCAGAUUUGGAUGAUGGCCAGUCUAGAAUGUCCACUUCGGACAGAGGACUGGUCAGAGAUGAAAGGGGUAAAUUGGACAGCUACCUACCGCCAUGACUCCACUAUAGUCACUCCCUAUGAGAAAUUUGCGCCGUAUUCCAGUCUGGACGAUAUACAAGUGACCGAGAGAAACUAUGCUAUUGGGAAAAGUAAGCAGGUAGUUUGGUUCGUGUCAAACUGUGGGAGUGACAACGGGCGCCUGGAGUACGCCAGGGAGCUGGCCGAGUACAUCAGUGUGGAUAUUUACGGGGAGUGUGGGGAGUUCGACUGUCCACGGGGUCUGAACGACGAAGAGGAGUGCUACUCAAAACUCAACACUGACUACAAAUUUUACCUGGCGUUUGAAAAUGCCAACUGCAAAGACUAUAUCACAGAGAAAUUCUUUGUCCUCGGAUUACAACAUGACGUCCUGCCCAUAGUGAUGGGAGCCGCGCCACAGGACUAUGAACGAGUGGCGCCAUUACACUCGUACAUUCACGUGGAGGAGUUCUCUUCGCCGAGAGAACUCGCCGACUUUCUCCAUCUGCUGGACAGAAGAGAUGACCUGUACAACACGUACUUCUCCUGGAAAGGCACUGGCACUUUUAUCAACACACAUUUCUGGUGCCGUGUCUGCGCCUUACUCCACGACGAGACCCGGCCCGUCAGCGAAUAUAAGAAGCUAGGUGACUGGUGGUCUGGAGAAGGUGUGUGCAUAGGAAGCGAUCGAUGGGAUUCACAUCGCCGGAAACACGAAGACACCCAUGGGGGUCUGUUUGCCUAGAAAACCAUCUGUACAGUCAACCAGCAAAGUGGACAAGCAGUUUGCUAAACAUCUAAUGUGAUUUGCGAUUUGCGAAAUAUUAUGUGGAUAUUGUGGAUUUAAGAGAGAUGUUAUGUAGUGCACAGUGGGUUUAUGUGGGAAGUAUUUUGUGGAUAUUGUGGAUGUAGGCGGGAAAUGUGCAGGGUCAUUGUGGGUGUAGGCGAGUGGAUAGAGUGCGUGUGGAGGGGAAAUGUAUAGAUAAAUUGAGUAUUCCUAGACCGGUGACAUCUAGAAAUAUAAUGCACUAUUUGAACUAAUUCUGCAUAAACCAUGGGGCGUUUAAGUUGCAAUUUUUCAUGUGUACCUUACCUGAGGUAAAGUGAUAAAAGGCAAUAUUUCACGGAUUACUUGUGAUCAAUGGUCAGUUGACACUGUCGUCGCUGCUCGAAUUUUACUCUGUGUUGUAUAGUGUUUGAUAUUAUAGUGGAUGUAGACGGAGAAUAAGUGGACACAGCCUCGUGGGAGUAAAGUCAUCUUGCAAGCCCGAAAUCUGUAAGCUCGAUCGCUAUAAGCUGUUA